AGAGGGCUCAUGUAUAUAUAUGUAGCGUCCUCACCUCGUAUCGGGAAGGGUAGGAGGCUGCCCUGCUCAGCUGCCGUCGGAAGUAUAGCCAUAUACAGAAACCAACCUCUUUUCAUCCAACUCCCAAGUCGAAACCAAAGUGCCCGCCUCCCAACAUCGAUCGGCCAAAAAUGGACGCCAACGAGAUCUAUACCGUCGUCAAGGAGCGGUACAGCGCCGCGUCGACGGACCCGAGCCAGCUCAGCGAGGGGUACGGGCGGGCCGUGGCCCGGGCCUUUGGCUACUCGGAGCAGGAGCUGGCGGGCAUCCCGGCCGAGUCCAACCUCGGGCUCAGCUGCGGGAACCCACUGGCCAUUGCGAGUUUGCGAGAGGGCGAAACCGUCGUGGACCUCGGGAGUGGCGCCGGCUUCGACGUCUUCCUGGCCGCCCAGAAGGUCGGCCCGACCGGACGGGCCAUCGGCAUCGAGAUGAACAAGGACAUGCUCUCCCUGGCCGAGCGCAACAAGGCCAAGUCGGCCGACAAGGCCGGCGGCCGCGCCGAGUUCGUCGAGGGCCGCAUCACGCGCGUGCCGCUGCCCGACGCCGUGGCCGACGCCGUCGUGUCCAACUGCGUCGUCAACCUGGUGCCCGAUCCCGAGAAGCACCUGGUGUUCGCGGAGAUGGCCCGCCUGCUCCGCCCCGGGGGCCGCGUCGCCAUCUCGGACAUACUGGCCCGCCGCCCCUUGCCCGACGCCAUACGCCGCAGCGCCGCCCUGAUGGUCGGCUGCGUCGCGGGCGCCAGCCUGGUCGAAACGUACGAGGAGCAUCUGAAGGGGGCUGGGUUUGUUGACAUCCUGAUCCAGGAUACGCACUCGGACCUCAACGUCUACGCCGACACGCUCCCGGACGGCACCAAGCGUACCGACCAGGCGGCCGCCGGGUCGGGCCAGGGCUGCUGCGCGCCCUCCCUCGCGCCCUCGUGCUGUGCCCAGCCGGCAGGACAGACUGCCGGCAAUGGCUCGUGCGCGCCGGGCCCGCCCGCGCCCUCCAAGGACCUCAACCUCGAGGCCCUCACUGCGGAGCUGGGUAGCAUUGAUCUGAAUGAGUGGGUUGGAUCGUACAAAAUCUACGCUGUCAAAGCGUAAGUCAUGUUCAUCAAGUUGUCAGUGUUGCUAUUUGACGGGAGCCAUGUCAAACGGGACAGGAAUGCGGCGGGACCCAGGUUGAAAGAGAUAACAGGGCGCUAGAUCGGGGACUUGGCCAUUCGCGUUAAUGGUAUACUUGUAAUGGUAACCGAGUAGGCGUUGACGGCUGGUCAUAACCGCACAAUCCGCCCUGGUUCGGUGAUGCUACGGGUGAUUUAAUAUGCAUCAUUGGAACAUCUGAAAUUAUGUAGCUCGAUAUAAGCUAUUUAUCCAGGUAUAGUAGCAUCAAAGAUGCACAAAGUAGUGUGUAGUG